GUACCCUCAGUUCGCCGCUGUGCGCCGCUGAAUCGGCUGUUCGUGUCGCCCGCUGCCCCUCACCUCCUCCCCGGCUGUCCUGAGUGCUGAACACCGCUGGUCUGACUGUGUCUGUGGAGCAUUACGGAGAAGAUGAGUCCCCGGUCCCGGAGCUGGUUGUGGGUCUGGUCGUGCUUGCUGAGCCUGGGUGUCGUGACCCGGGCUCUGGACCUGGAGGAGCUGUUCGAGUUCGGAGGAGAAGCCGGAGAUGAGCAGCUGCUGCCCGGCUCGGACUCCACCGCCGAGCUGGCUCUCAACGGAUCUCUGUUCUUCUUCGGCGACACCUUCGACAAAGUUUACAUCAAUACGAAUGGAUUUGUGUCUGUUGUGAAGCCUCCGGCUGAGGAGGACUAUCUGGGGAAGAUGCCCGCCAGUUUCAAAAUGAUUGCAGUGUUGCUGGGAGACAUGGACAGUGACAGACAGGGGAAGGUCCACUUCAGGUGGGAUGGCAGCCCAGAGGUACUGAGUCGAGCCGCCAAGAUCAUCAAACGAGCUUUCCCCAGAGACGAAGGAGUGGAGCCCAGUGGCAUCACCAUCGUCACCUGGGAGAACAUGAGCGCCCGGGGGACGUCUGGACGAGGGGAUGGACCGGACACUAAGAGAAACACUUUCCAGCUGGUUUUGGUCACCAUGGCGUCGUCCUCCUGCGCCAUCCUCCUGUACCCCCAAGGCGGCCUGCAGUUUCUCUCCACAUCAAUAGGGGGCGAGAGUAAGGUCCUGGAGACCGGUUUCAAUGAAGGCAUGGUGGCCGGCUGGUUCAGCUCCUCACAGGGAACGUACUUCCGCAGCACCACUGAUGAAGAGACCUCCAUCAGGGAACUUACUGAGAAGACAAACUCAGGACAGAAUGGUGUUUGGGUGUACGAGAUCGGCUCCUCGCCAUUCUUUUUCGCCAUUACGCCAGGGCUGGUUACCAGUCUACCUGAGGAGGAGAAUGCCACCGAACCUCCUGUGACCAUGUUGCCAGGUCAACCUGAGGAACCCCAGCUGGUACCGGAAGAAAAGGACGAGUUCCCAACUGAGACUCCCAAUGAGUACCAACCCAGUUACCCAGAAGCUGAGACCGUCACACCAGGGUUUAUCGAAUCGGAGACCGAAGAACCAGAUUACCCAGAAUACCCUGAAUCUGAGACUGUCACGCCACCCUACACCAACCCUGAGAGGGCUCAACCGAGGUACCCAGACCCAUCAGAGCCGAGAUACCCUGACCAAAUAAAGACAGGAUACCCAGUCUCUGAGCCUUUGCAACCAAGAUACACCGUCCCUGAACCCACUGAGCCUAGGUACUCUCCAGUCGAGCCAAGGUACCCUGAUCCAGCCCAACCAUACUCUCCAGUUGAGCCAAGGUACCCUGAUCCAGCCCAACCAUACUCUCCAGUCGAGCCAAGGUACCCUGAUCCAGCCCAACCAUACUCUCCAGUCGAGCCAAGGUACCCUGAUCCUGCCCAACCGCGGUACACCAACCGCGAACCAGUCCAACCAGUGCCGCCCCAUUCCAGGCCCCAGCAACCACAAAUCGUUGUGGUAGACGAAGAUCUCGAUGUGAAUGUGUAUGCGUACAAUUCUGAGACGUGCGCCCACAACAGCCACAAAUGCGCAGCUUUUGCUGACUGCCGGGAUUACAGCAAGGGGUACUGCUGCCAUUGCAGGCCUGGUUACUACGGUAACGGAAAGGACUGUGUUGCAGAAGGAAAACCACAGAGGAUGAACGGAAAAGUGAACGGUCGAGUGUUCGUGGGGAACUCGCCCCGGCCUGAGGAGCUCAGUAACAACGACUUGCACUCGUAUGUGGUACCCAAUGAUGGACGGGCCUACGUGGCCAUCAGCAACAUUUCUGACGGCCUGGGACCCUCCCUGCUGCCGCUGUCCUCCCUGGGGGGAAUCAUCGGCUGGGCCUUUGCCCUGGAGCAGCCCGGCUACAAGAACGGCUUCAGUCUCAUCGGUGGCGUGUUUUCUCGGCGGGCCGAGGUGUUCUUCCAGCCUGGUGAUGAGCGUCUGACCAUCACGCAGCAGUUUAAAGGAAUUGACGAACACGACCAUCUGGUGGUUAGCACUGAACUGGAGGGACGUCUGCCCGCCAUACCGCUGGGAUCCUCUGUCCAGAUCAACCCAUACAAGGAGAUCUACCAGUACGACAGAAACUUGAUCACUUCCUCCUCCAACCGAGAGUACACCAUCACCUCCCCUAAUGGCGAAGUGCAGACCAGAACCUACCAGUGGCGUCAGACUGUCUCCUUCCAGAGCUGCCCGCAUGAUGAGGCCAGCGGGGCGACACCGUCCACCCAGCAGCUCAGCGUGGACCAGAUCUUUGUGAUGUACGAUUCCACCAACCAUCUGAUCCGCUACGCCAUGAGCAACAGAAUCGGCUCCAUCCACAGUGGUCUUCCGGAGCAGAACCCGUGUUUCACCGGCAGACACGGCUGUGACAACAACGCCAUGUGCCGACCAGGUGAAGGCCUCCAGUUCACCUGCGAAUGUUCUACUGGUUUCACUGGAGACGGACGCAACUGCCAAGACAUCGACGAGUGCAGAGAGACUCCUCAGAUCUGUGGAUACAAUGCCGUCUGCAGUAAUCAGCCAGGAACUUUCCGCUGUGAGUGUUUGACCGGCUUCGUGUUCGCCAACGACGGAAGGACCUGCAUCGAGGAGAACCAUCCAGUGGAUCACUGUCGGAGAGGAAGUCAUGACUGCGAUGUUCCUGAAAGAGCUCUGUGCAGCUACACCGGCGGCUCGGCCUAUGUCUGCUCCUGCUUGCCGGGGUUCGUGGGUGACGGCCGGGUGUGUCGGGAUGUAGACGAGUGUCAGCAGGAACGAUGCCACCGCGACGCCAUCUGCUCCAACACACAGGGCUCAUACACCUGCCAGUGCCGCCCCGGUUUCCAUGGUGACGGCUUCCAGUGCAUUGCCUCAGAACACGAGAAGACCCUGUGUGAGCGUCACCGAGAGAGCGCCCAGACUUCCACUUCUGGCUCCAGCCUCUUCUCGCUCUUCCGUCCUCGGCCGGCCAUCGGUCAGUAUGUCCCUCAGUGUGACCGACACGGAGCCUACGAGCCCACGCAGUGCCACACCAGCAUCGGACAGUGCUGGUGCGUGGAUGCCAACGGCCAGGAGAUCCCCAACACUCGCACCGGACCAGGCAGCACCCCUCUGUGUAUCAACCAGGCGGUGACCCCUACUCCGGUGGGUCCGACCCCGCGGCCUGACGUUCACCCUGUUGCUCCAGGAACACACCUGCUGUUCGCUCAGAGUGGGAAGAUUGAACGUGUUCCUCUGGAUGGAUACAACAUAAAAAAGGAGGAGGCCAAACCUCUGCUGCACGUCCCCGACCGGGUGGUGAUCGCCGUGGCCUACGACUGUGUGGAGAAGAUGGUUUACUGGACUGACAUCACUGGGCCGGCUAUCAGCAAGGCCAGACUGAGUGGAGGAGAUGUCAUUCCGGUCGUCACUAAAGACCUCCAGAGUCCUGAAGGCAUCGCCAUCGACCACGUGGCCCGCCUCCUCUUCUGGACCGACUCCAUGCGUGACACCGUGGAGGUUUCCAAACUGGACGGCAGCCAGCGGCGAGUCCUGUUCGACACCGAUCUGAUCAACCCUCGACCCAUCGUCACCAACCCGGCGUACGGGCGGCUGUACUGGGCAGACUGGAACAGAGACGGUCCUAAAAUUGAGAUGUCCAACAUGGACGGGACGGAGCGGACCGUCCUGGUGAAAGAUGACCUGGGGCUUCCCAACGGUCUGACCUUUGACCUCGAAGACCAACAGCUGUGCUGGGCCGACGCAGGGACUCGUAAGGUGGAGUGUAUGGAUCCUCACCGCAGGCGGAGGAGGCAGAUCGUUGAAGGGAUCCAGUAUCCCUUCGCUCUCGUCUCCUUCGGGAGGAACCUUUACUACACCGACUGGAGGAGGGAGGCGGUGGUCGCUGUCGACCGUCACUCAGACAAAGAGACUGAAGAGUUUCUGCCACAGAAACGCUCUCGGCUGUACGGCAUCACCACGACAACGACACAGUGUCCACAAGUCUAUAACUACUGCUCCAACAAUGGCGGCUGCUCUCACCUUUGUCUGCCGCGGCUUGGCGGGUUCACCUGCCGCUGCCCGGACGCCAACGAUGGUCAGUGUGUGGAGAGAAACCUUUGAGGUCUGCAGAGCGACAAUAACACUGCUGCUGCUGCUGCUGGGAGACAAAGAACAAAACACGCUUAACUCAAUUUGGUUUUUUUUGUUUUUGUUUUUUACAUUCCUACUUGAAUCAAACAUUUCUAUGAUCAUUUUACAGAUUUAUAUUUUUGGCCCUUAAAAGAUGUUCAGACCUCACUGUAUUUAUGAUGUCACACUUCAGGUGAAAUGAUUGACUGUUUAAUUCAGAUAUAGUUUCUGAAAUGUUUGUGCAGCAUGUGUUUAUAAUCUGACUCCUGGUUGAAGAGUUUCUCUCUUAAGUCAGAACAAAGUGACACUAAAUCAAAACUACAGGGAUUUUUUAAAGACGGCAGGUAAACGAAAACACUCAGAUUAUAGUCAUUUGAAACGGUACUGAAGGUGUUUUUAUUAUAUUUUAAAAGUGAAAUUUCUCAUUGAUAUCUUAUAAAUGUGGUCUGAAAGAUAACUGCGAAAAACAAUCAGAUAAUUCUAUCAAUGGUUAUCAAAUACUUCAGUGAAGGGUUCCCAGCGUUCCUUAUAAAUGUUCAACAUUUAAAGAAAAAAACCCUUAAAAAGUGUCUGCAAAUGAAAAACGUUGACACUCACCUGAACAUAACCCGUCAGAAGUCACUGAAGAUAUUUCUGUUCUGUGAUCUGUAGAAAAAGCCAACAGACUUAAUCAGGUCUGAAUCAGACAGUUCUUGUUGCUGAAACGCCACCUACAGGCCAAAUGCAAUCAGAUCAACUCAAAGUCCUCCGUGGAGUCGUCACAUAGAUUAACUGAAACUGCUCAACGUGUUCAAGAGUCAAAGCAGUUUGGCUACAACCACAAGAAUAUGGCCAGUUACAGGAAAUAAAAAUAAAAAAGUAAAUUUAAAAAAAACUCAUUUAGCGAAGACUGGAUUAAAUCUGUAGGAGGAAACUACAAAAAUGGUGGAUAAUCUGACAAAAAUGGGCGUAGCCCAAAACAGACUUAAUUUUAGGAACUCAUCAAAGACUUUUGAGCCAAAAGACAAAUGUGGCAGAUUUUCUCAAAUAUUUAGCCGACAUCCUCCCAGCUGACAGUAAAUACGAGUGAGUGGUUACUUGGUGUAAGUUGUUAACUGAUCUGAUUGGAUGAUAAAACUGUUUAGAUGUUGACCUGAACAAAAAGUUGUUUUUAUUGAAUACCAAAUCCAGUUUAUUAGAAACAGCCAACUGCAAUUUAAUGUAAAAGCAUCGCAUAUAUUGUCUUCCUGUUUUAUUUGUAAUUAUGUGACUAUCAUUCAAAUUACAAAGAUUAAGAAAGCAGAGGGCUGGUGAGAGUGUGGUAAGGGCUAAAAAACGUUUUUAGACUUAACAAGAUUUAUUGUACUGUCUGUGCUUCAACUCACAGUGUAUUUUUUAUAUGAACUUGUAAAUAAUUACCUGACAUUGUGAUGAUAUUCUCUGUUUUUAAUGGUGCUGAUGUUGCCUGAGAUCUACCUGAUGAUGAUGAUGAUGAUGAUGAUGAUGAUGAUGAUGAUGAUGGUGGUUACUGUGAAGAUAUGUGCAGAUCGUGUCUAGAGACAAAGUUGUGUGUACCUCUCAUGUAAACAUCAUUUUUUACAGUGAACACUUGUGCAGUGAUGCUUUACUUCCAGUCACUGAUACCAGUCCUUGUUCUCAUCUAAAAAUAAAAGUUAAGAAAC